AUGAAAGGUUUGGUUCAACGAAGAACUCAUAUCAAUAGUUCCAAUAAUGAUAAGACAAAUGGUGGCAAUAAUGGCACCGAUAGUGUCUCUAAUGGCGACCCAAACACAAGUCAUGGCCACGAGUUGGCCGACGAAGACAUCGACUCUAAGGAAACCAGACUUACGCUUAUGGAAGAAGUGCUUCUCUUAGGACUCAAAGACAAAGAGGGCUAUACGUCCUUCUGGAACGACUGCAUCUCCACUGGACUCAGAGGUUGUAUUCUUAUAGAGUUGGCUCUCAGAGGAAGAAUACAACUCGAAAGGCUUGGUCUCCGCCGACGAUCUCUUUUGCUGAGAAAAGUGCUCUUAAAGAACGGUUCGCCGACGGGUGACGUCCUUCUGGACGAAGCACUCAAACACAUCAAAGAGACGGAACCUCCGGAAACGCUUCAGUCGUGGAUCGACUACUUGAGCGGCGAGACUUGGAAUCCAUUGAAACUUCGGUACCAAUUGAAGAACGUUAGGGAAAGACUGGCCAAGAAUUUAGUGGAGAAGGGAGUGCUGACCACUGAGAAGCAGAACUUCUUACUCUUCGAUAUGACAACGCAUCCACUCGUCGACAGCGGAUCCAAAAGUAAACUAAUAAAGAAAGUGCAGGACUCAGUGCUAACCAAAUGGGUUAAUGAUCCGCACCGUAUGGAUAAACGAUUACUUUCACUCAUACUUCUGGCCCACAGUUCCGAUGUGUUGGAGAAUGCAUUCGCGCCCCUCAGUGAUGAUGACUACGAAGUGGCGAUGAAAAGGGUUAGAGAGCUGUUAGACUUAGAUAUGGAGGUGGAGAGCACUAAAGGCAGUGCCUGUGAGAUAAUGCUUGGUCUCCGCCGACGAUCUCUUUUGCUGAGAAAAGUGCUCUUAAAGAACGGUUCGCCGACGGGUGACGUCCUUCUGGACGAAGCACUCAAACACAUCAAAGAGACGGAACCGCCGGAAACGCUUCAGUCGUGGAUCGACUACUUGAGCGGCGAGACUUGGAAUCCAUUGAAACUUCGGUACCAACUGAAGAAUGUUAGGGAAAGACUGGCCAAGAAUUUAGUGGAGAAGGGAGUGCUGACCACUGAGAAGCAGAACUUCUUACUCUUCGAUAUGACAACGCAUCCACUCGUCGACAGCGGAUCCAAAAGUAAACUAGUAAAGAAGGUGCAGGACUCAGUGCUAACCAAAUGGGUUAAUGAUCCGCACCGUAUGGAUAAACGGUUACUUUCACUCAUACUUCUGGCCCACAGUUCCGAUGUGUUGGAGAAUGCAUUCGCGCCCCUCAGUGAUGAUGACUACGAAGUGGCGAUGAAAAGGGUUAGAGAGCUUGAUGAUGACUACGAAGUGGCGAUGAAAAGGGUUAGAGAGCUGUUAGACUUAGAUAUGGAGGUGGAGAGCACUAAAGGCAGUGCCUGUGAGAUAAUGUGGGCCGUCUUCGCCUCUUUCGUCAAAUAA